GUGCUUUCAUCAUCAGUGUGCAAUCGCAAUGCAGAUGUGUAUGUGAUGAUUACAUUUGGACUGUGCGUAUGCAUUGAAAAGGCAGCGAGAUUUUAAAAGUUGUACACUUUUUAGCAUGCUUUUGUUGUGUGGAAUUCGGACGUGCCCUCACUUGCUCUGUUUACAGUAGUCGCCAUGUUAAUUUAAGCUUGGUGACUUCUAAGUGCUACUGUCAAUGGAGGAAAGUGAAUUUGCUAUUUAUCUUAAAAGUUUAUCACGCAUAUUCAACAUAGGGCAUCCAGGGGCGUGUUUGACAUUGAACAAAUCCCAACCCAUGAUUCAUGUUGAGAUCGAUUUCGUGUAUGGCGCGAAAAUGGCUGAUUUUGACUUAGUUCCACGUCAUUCUUAAAAGAAAACGUCAGGGCAACGUUUUGUUUUGGGGAUUCCCCUGGACGCUUGGUCACGUGGUCGUCUCAUGCGGUCUCCCCGCAUGCCAGAGUGAAAAUUUCUGGCGAAGAGUGUAGGCGUGUUUGCUGCCGGGGUCCAAACAUUUUCACUCUCGAGAUUGUUUGUUUCCAUGCUAUUUUCUAGUUGGACUGUUGUCGAAUGGGACACUUUUUCGGAAGUUGUUUCAUCCUGGGUGGACUCUUUGUCUUCUAGAGGAACUUAAUGCAGUGCUCUUUUUUUGGCUUUCGUUGGAUUUUUCACGACGAGUUGCAAAUCAGAACUGAAAAAAAGGAUAUUUUGAGGAUGAACUCUCAAGGAAAUGAAGGGGUGAACCCACCUCUCUCCCAGGAAACAUUUGACGGAUUGUGGGAUCAAUUGAUGAUACAAACAGAGAAUGGAGCUUACACAAAUAUUAUAAAUCAAAACCAGGAGCCCGAGUAUCAUUAUGCUGAUGGAGGAGAAAGUGCACAAGUAGAGGUGCAAAGAUUUUUAAUCGCUCCACAACAAGACAGUAUCAUGCAGCUGCUGAGCAGCAUUCCAUCAGUGACACAACCAGACGCCAUGAGUCCAGACUCCCAGACUACAGCAGUGGACUCCGUGCCCAGUAAUAUACCCACUACAGUGGAGCUGUCGGGACAGGCUCUCCAGCCUCCACACUCCCCACUCCCAGUGAUGCCAAGCAAUACUGACUAUCCUGGACCUUUUGGAUUCACCGUCUCGUGUGCCAAGCAAACUAAAGAGACCAAGUCAGCCAACUGGACUUAUUCAGAUGUAUUGAAGAAGUUAUUUGUGAAUAUUGGCAAGUCAACCCCCAUACGCUAUAAAACACAGAAGAAGCCGCCCCCAGGGAGUGUUAUCAGGGUACUGCCGAUUUACAUGAAACCUGAGCACAUUCAGGAGGUCGUCGCCAGGUGUCCAAACCACAUGACUAGUAAGGAGUUUGGAGAAAGUGAUGUCCCCAACACGCACAUGGUUCGGUGCGAACACAAACAGGUCAGUUACUACACAGACCCAGUCACAGGGCGCCAUUGCGCCAUAUUUCCCUUUGAGGGUCCCCAAGCUGGCUCAGAGUGGGUGACGAACUUGUUCCAGUUUCUGUGCUUUAGCUCCUGCGUUGGUGGCCAGAACAGACGACAGGUUCAGCUGAUCUUCACUCUGGAGAAUGAUGGUCAGAUCCUGGGCAGAAGGGCCCUGGAGAUUAGAGUAUGUGCCUGUCCUGGAAGAGAUCGUAAAUCGGAAGAAAAGACAGCCCAGCCUGAGGUGACAAACAUGGGCAAAAAGCCCACACGGGUGACUCACAGCACUCAAAUCACCAGGGUGGGUCCUGCUGCCAAAAAGAGGAAAUUGGACAGUAAAGAUGAGAUAUUUACCAUCACUGUGCGAGGCAGAGAGAACUAUGAAAUUCUCUGCAGGCUGCGGGACUCCCUGGAAAUGUCCAACAUGUUAUCGCCAGAUCAGGUGAACAACUACAAACAGAGGCAGCUGGAGCUUCAGAAGCAACCCACAUUGUCCAGGAUUCCCAGCGGUUUGGCCAACCUCAGUGGCAGUUUCUCACAACAGCUCACGGAGGGUAGUCUGAAGCCACCGCCAUUGCCCUUCUCCAGCAUGCCUAGUCUCACACGUGGAGACACACAGCCGGUUUCCAGCACGCAGAAAGAACUUGUCAAGAUGGAGCCAGACACUGUCAUCCCAGUUCCCAAGACAAGCCAAUGUCAAGUUUCCUCUCAAGGAGAAGUGGCUGACAUGACAAUUGCAAAGUGGUUGACAUCCUUGGGGUUUGCUGCCUAUGCAGACAACUUCCACCAGAUAGGUUUGACCACCAUGUAUCAGCUGGAAGACUGCAGCCUACAGGACCUGGAGAAACUGAGCAUCGGCACAGAUCACAGAAACAAAAUUUGGAAAGCUCUGUCUGCUUGGAAGACGCGGAGAGCUCAAGGUGGCGCUGGUGCCACACCCCGAGGUCUCAGUGGUGCCAGUGAUGCCUCAACAAUCAGUCUUGCCUCGCAGAUCAGUGGAGGCUACAGUCCCGGCGUAUUUGAGGUCACACGAUACACGUUUAAGCACACAGUUUCCAUCAGUGAUGACCAUCCCUACAGUAAAUGAUGUUUUCGUGUUCUUUUGGUUUUAAAAAAAAAAACAAAAGCUGUGGAUGUUCUGAAAGAUCUCAAGCCUAAAGAUGGAUUGACCAGCUAUGGAAAGUGACUUUGUAUAUUGUCAUUGACCAUAGCAAGUGUCAUGGAAGCUGUGAUGCUUGCCCUCUCCAACACUCACUCUCAUUCUUCCAGUUGUUUUAGAUUAUGAAUCUGGUGGGAGGAAUGUCAGCAGAGUAGAGAACUGAACACAAUUUUGCGUUGUUAGAGGAGCAGUGUUUUUACCACGUCUUUACAGAAGGUCAUCAAUGCUCCAAAAAUCGCAACAAUUCAAGGUCAUCAACAUUAUAUGAUGUCAAUAUGAAAAGUUUUUCAAUUAUAUAUUUCUCUAUCCAACCUUGUGUUGAAUAGAAUCAAUACAUAUUGUAUAUAUUUACUACAUUGUUAUCUGUUUAGAAAGUUCUUAGACACAGAACAAAUAUUGUUUUAUAAUACCUUGAAUAUAGCACCAUACUAGUGGAAAUUUGUAUUAAAGUGCACAUUCAAAUAUUAGUGACAUAUAAGAAGCACUACAUUGUAAAGGCUUAGUAAUAAUAUGGAUUAUGUAAAACCCAUUCAAAACCUCGAGAUAUUUGAUGUGAGGGUGGCUGUCUCUUCCCUCCCUCCCUCACUCCUUCCCCUCUUCUCUUUCUUUUCUCUACCAUCUUCACUCCUACUGGAUGUGUAAUAUUUUGUGUGCUAUUUUCGCUGUUUUUACAGAAAGGUGCUCUUUUAUAAAUGAAACGUCGCUGAUUUAUUAACAAUUUACUUAGAGCUGGUAUCUUGGUACAGUGGCUGUAGUAAUCCAGUCUUCAUCAAUAAGAAUUUUGUUCAUGUAAGAUGCGAUAGUUGAACCGUAUUGCAGCGAAUUAUCAAUUAAAUACACUGCUCUCUGCGUGCUGGGUGCGAGUUUCUAAGGGCAGUUUAGUACUCCAGUUAUAUACCCUGCUACAAACGUGAAGUAUUGGUAAUAUCUUUUAGAAUUGAGUAUGUUUUUCAUUUCUGGAGACACAAAGAUACCAGAUGAAAGUAAUUGAAAUAUGCAGUGUAUGUACUAGAAUGGCUGUUUAAGACGUAAUGUAGUGCCUUAAUUCUGUUAGACAUGGAUUACAUGCUGAGGGCAAGCCCCUGACAUUUGAAAGAUGAUUUUACACAAAGUGUAUUUGAAAACAUUUUGUCAAUAAAUUGCUAAUGAAU